GGGAGUACCAGUGUUGGCACCUCACACACGUCUUGUUGACUAACGUGGUCUGACGUUAACGAGUUGGCCUGGUUGGUGAUGGCAGUACUCCAUGAAUUAGAGCGAAAAUAUCUAUCCUCUGAGUAUGCCAUUCAAAAUCAUGAAUCAAACAUUGAAGGUGCAGAAGUUUGGGGAAGUGUGUCAGCACUUGUUGCUGUUGGAAGUUACGUAGCUGCAUUACAGGAGCCCGAGUGUCAGGCUGCACUUGGUAGUGGGAGUAAAAAACGGAGGGCUGCUGGAAUCUCCAUCACGGAUCACUACCAUCAGGUUCUGUCAGCCUAUCUUAGUGAUGGAACACCUGAUAAGCAACAUGUUGUCCUCUGCAUUGGCUUAUCAUCUCUUCAGCUCUUCACACAGAAUAACUUCACUGGACCACUUAUUGGUCCAUCACCAAAUUCUUUACUGCCAGGCUUAGAGCCUGAGGGCUGGAGUGAUGAGGAGGUAAGAGAGGAGGCAUUACAGUCACUAGUGGGGGAUGCUGAAGGAGUUUACAGUUUGCUGUACGGGCCUGAGUAUCUGGUGCUGGCCCGUCUUAUUCUAAUAGACCUUCGAUCAUCCCUGUCAACGUGCUUGAGUGUGGACUGGUGGUGUUUCCGCUGUUCUCUCCUGCACCAGAGAGUUGCUGAUGAACGGUCGCCUCAGCUGUAUGAAGUACUCUUACAGGCUCUUAACGAGGUGGAAAACAAUCAACAGCUGGUUAAUAUCAGUAUUUCAAGAGACCUGAUGGCUCUCUACCAUCUUGAGGCUGGAUACCUUCACUUGCAUUAUUAUGAUGUUGGGCGAGCUGGUGACCAUUUUCAGAAAGCAGCACAAGCUUUGGAGAUAGAAAUUGAAUUAUCGGGCGCCCUAGGGAAAAGAACAAAGUGGCAGGAGGAGGACCGACCCCAGUUGGUGGCUAAGGUACAGUAUAAAGGACAACCACUGAUGAACAGUGAGCUCCCUGGACACAACCUUCUUCCGUCUGACCUCCCCAAAGAUGUCGUUCUCAAUGAUGAUACCCGACUUAAUCGAUUCAAAUUCAAAGAACAGGAUCAAGAUGUUAUACCAGAUUUAAGGCCUAUUGAACAGUCGGUAAUUCUGUCCACAAUCACUUAUAAGAGACGAUCGUCGGCGGCAGAUUUGCAACUUGAUCAAGAGACUAAAGCAUAUCUUGCGGCACUCCUUCAGCAUCCCAAGAACUGGUGCUUACAGAUGUCGGCUUUACUCCUAAGGUCUCGCGUAGAGGCCACCGAGUCAAGAGCAAUGGAACGUUCACUGAAUCAGGUGGAAGAACUGGUAUCAGCUGUGAAUCGAACAGAGCCCUCUAGGUAUGAGAGGCUGAAGCUCUUCUCUGCUUCAUUAGUUCUCCCUCAGUGGGAACUACAACAAGAGUUAGCUAAAAUGCUCAUGCGAUUAGGCUGUGUCAAGACUGCUCUUGAGGUAUUUGAACGCCUCCAGCUUUGGGAGGACGUCAUCACAUGUUAUAACGAGCUACAAAUGCGUCAACGCUCUGCAGAAAUAGUAAGAGGUCAGCUGGAGAAAAGAGAAACUCCCAAACUUUGGUGUAUGUUAGGUGAUGCCACAGAUAAUAUUGAGCAUUAUAAAAAAGCUUGGGAGUUGUCUGGCCACAAGAGUGGAAGGGCCCAGAGAAGUUUGGGGAAUUUUUACUAUGUAAGAAAGGACUAUAGUAAUGCUAUUUUGCAUUAUGAGAAAAGUAUUGAAAUCAACAAACUGCAAUUCCCUGUUUGGCAAAGACUUGCCUAUUGUGCCUUGCAGGUAGAACAUUGGGAAAAAUGUGCUCAGGCAUAUAGAAGAUGUAGUGUAUUGGAGCCAGAUAGUUUUGAAGUUUGGAAUAACAUGAGUCAAGCAUACUUGAAAUUGGAUCAGAAACACCGUGCCUGGAAAGCUUUGCAGGAAGCAUUGCGGUGCAAAGUAGACUCUUGGCGACUAUGGGAUAACUUCAUGCUUGUAAGCACAUCCUUAGGCUACAUGUCACAUGCUUUAAAUUCUUACAAUCGCAUCCUGACAAUGAAGGAACGUCACGUUGACACACAGAUUCUUGGUCGCUUAGUAAAGGCCAUAAUAGAAGGGAAGACCGAUCCAGAAGGACGUGAAAUACGAGGACUGUAUAAACGAUGCUCAGAACUACUGGGGCGGUUGACCAGUGAGGUGCCAACACACCCAGAAUUGUGGUACCUGUAUGGCAUCCUGACUCAAGCUAAUACAGAACCCAACCCUGAAACACGUCACAUGGCUAUGCAGCAAUUCAAGAAGGCCCUGGCAGCAUCUACGCAGAAAUCAGGUUGGGAGAAGGACACUAUCACAACUGUGGCUGCAUUACAUCGUUGUGGAUAUUUAGUAGAUGCAGCCUUAGCAGCCACUGAUGGUGUUGCUCUCAAGGUAGCUUUAGCUGAUCUUAAUUCUGUAAAAAUGUCAGUACGUGGAGCCAUUGUUGGGACUCAGCGAGGGCAAGUUAAUGUAGUCACGGGUGAAAUUGUGGAAGAAGUGCAGGAACCACUGAGGAGAGUAGAAGAAAAGUUUGCCAUACUGCUACACAAGCUGGAUGAACUUAAGCUACAGACAUGAUUGCAACCCCUGUGUUGUCCCAAGUGAGAAUAUUUUAUACCUAGAGUAGAGUUCAGUGUUUUCAGCCAGUCCAUCAUAUAUUAAUGGAUAUUUUUACUAUUAUUGUAACAAAUAAGUACAGUACUAUACAGUGAAAAUUUGGUCACAUUCUUACUCACUACAGUACAGUGUGUGGCUGCUGACAUGUAUAUGUGACAAUUUAAUAUAUGAUUUUUUUCUACAUGA